GAGCAGGGGCUGGGGUGCUGUAGGAAGGGAGGGCGGGCCGGCGCGGGACAGGAGGGGCCGGCCCUGGCCAUGGGACACUGGCCCGGGUGCUGGGGAGCCGCAGUGUGGCUCACGGGCCAUGGGACGGCGGUGGCCAGCGCUGCCCCUGCUCCUGUUACUGCUGCCCGCGGCGCUGCCCGGGACGCGCUGUCCGGAGCCCUGCAGCUGCCCUGCCCGCGGCGCCCUGCGCUGCCCCGGGCCCCUCGCCGGUCUCGCCCGACUAUCACUCACCUAUCUCCCUGUCAAAGUAAUUCCACCUCAAGCUUUCAAAGGACUUAAUGAGGUCAUGAAAAUUGAAAUCUCUCAGAGUGAUUCCCUGGAAAGGAUAGAAGCUAAUGCCUUUGACAGCCUCCUCAAUUUGUCUGAAAUACUGAUCCAGAAUACCAAAAACCUGGUGUACAUUGGGCCUGGUGCAUUUACACAUCUCCCCCGGUUAAAAUACCUGAGCAUCUGUAACACAGGCCUCCGAACGUUUCCAGAUGUCACGAAGAUCUUCUCAUCUGAAUUUAAUUUCAUUCUGGAAAUUUGUGAUAACUUACGCAUAACCACCAUACCAGGAAAUGCUUUUCAAGGGAUGAGUAAUGAAUCCAUCACACUCAAACUAUAUGGAAAUGGAUUUGAAGAAGUACAGAGUCACGCGUUCAAUGGGACGACGCUAAUUUCGCUGGAGCUAAAAGAAAAUGUACACCUGGAGAAAAUACAUAAUGAAGCCUUCUGGGGGACCAGCGGCCCCAGUGUCUUGGAUAUUUCUGCCACCAAAUUGCAGGCCCUGCCAAGCUAUGGACUGGAGUCCAUUCAGACACUAAUUGCCACAUCGUCCUAUUCUCUUAAAAAACUGCCAUCAAGGGAAAAAUUUACCAGUCUCCUGGAUGCCACACUGACUUACCCCAGCCACUGCUGUGCUUUCAGGAACUUGCCAACAAAACAACAGAAUUUUUCAUUUUCUAUUUUUGAAAACUUUUCCAAACAAUGUGAAAACACAGCAAGAAAACCAAAUAAUGAAACACCUUAUUCUGCCAUCUUUGCUGAAAGUGAACUGAGUGGCUGGGAGUAUGAUUAUGAUUUCUGCUCACCCAAGACACUCCGCUGUGCUCCCGAGCCAGAUGCUUUUAACCCCUGCGAAGAUAUCAUGGGCUAUGACUUCCUCAGGGUCCUGAUCUGGCUGAUUAACAUCUUAGCCAUCGUGGGAAACCUGACUGUCCUCUUUGUUCUCCUGACCAGUCGUUACAAACUGACGGUGCCCCGUUUCCUCAUGUGCAAUCUCUCCUUUGCAGACUUCUGCAUGGGACUCUACCUGUUGCUCAUUGCCUCCGUUGAUUUCCAAACAAGGGGUCAGUACUACAACUAUGCCAUAGAUUGGCAGACAGGGAGUGGGUGCAGUGCUGCUGGUUUUUUCACUGUGUUCGCAAGUGAACUUUCUGUCUACACCCUCACAGUCAUCACUCUAGAAAGAUGGCACACCAUCACCUAUGCUGUUCAGCUGGACCAAAAGCUGCGGUUAAGACAUGCCGUUCCCAUUAUGCUGGCAGGAUGGCUCUUUUCUACGCUCAUUGCUGUGUUGCCCCUGGUGGGUGUCAGCAACUACAUGAAGGUCAGCAUUUGUCUUCCUAUGGAGGUGGAAACCACGCUCUCGCAAGUCUAUAUAUUAACCAUCCUGAUAUUCAAUGUGGUAGCCUUCAUCAUCAUUUGUGCUUGCUACAUUAAAAUUUAUUUUUCAGUUCAGAAUCCAGAACUGAUGGCUACCCACAAAGACACCAAGAUUGCUAAGAAAAUGGCAAUCCUCAUCUUCACCGACUUUACUUGCAUGGCACCCAUCUCUUUUUUUGCCAUCUCAGCUGCCUUUAAAGUGCCUCUUAUCACAGUAACCAACUCAAAAGUUUUACUGGUUCUCUUUUAUCCUGUUAAUUCGUGUGCCAAUCCAUUUCUAUAUGCAAUUUUCACAAAAGCAUUCCGAAGGGAUUUCUUUCUAUUGCUGAGCAAAUUUGGCUGCUGUAAACGUCGGGCUGAACAUUAUAGAAGGAAAGAAUUUUCUGCUUACAAUUCUAACUGCAAAAACGGCUUCACUGGAACAAAUAAGCCUUUUCAAUCCACCUUCAAGCUGUCCACAUUGCACAGUCCAUAUUCAGCUGUCCUAGACAAGACUUGCUACAAAAAGUGUUAACUAUUAUACCAGUACCUGCAUUAUUGAAUUGUAUUUUAAAAUAGUACCUGUACUAGUAACUUUAAUAUAAAGAGCUGGUUUUAAGAAAUUAUUUAAGUAUACUGAGUAAGAAAUUUUACCUCGUUCAAAGAGUGGUCCAAGAACAUUGCCCAUCUAUUUUUCAUUUAUGUUAUAUAGUGACAUAAAAUUUUGAAGUUGAAAGUGUUUAGAAAUUUUUGCAACAGUUUUCACAGACUCAUCUUAUGUUUGCUGAAUCUAACAAAUGGAAACUGACAAGCAUGUCACACCUGCCUGUAAUUCCACUUACUCAGGAGCAUGGGGCAGAGGUCUCACGUUUGAGGCUGGUAUGGAAAACUUAAGGAGACUCUGUCUCAAAACAAAACACAUUAAAAGGACCGGUGAUGAGCUCAGCAGGGGAGGGAGGGUAUGGAGUCGUCUGCAUACCUUUGACUUUUAUUUCAUUUUUAUUGCAUUCUACAAAAAGUUUAUAGCAGAUUGGAAAUUUAAAGUAACAAGUCUUUUUCCUCAGUUUGAUAAACACAUUCAAGAAAUGCAAUGUAUAAUCUGGUAGCCACUAGCCAUGUGGCUAAAUUAAGGUUGAAUAAAAUUAAAACUGUUAUUCCUUAGUACUCUAGCCAUAUUUCAAUGUGUAAUUUACUGGCACUUGUAACAAUAAUUAUCACACUAGACAGCCCAAAUACAGAGAGUUCUAUUGGAUAGCACUAUUCUAGAGACUUACAUCUAUCUCCUGUAUAGAUCCUACUUAUUCAAAAGUAACCUAAAAUAAAUAUCUAAUAUAUAUUUCUGGUGUUUCUCUUCUGAAGAACAAGGACACAUUAUGUUGCAGACUGCAAACUUUUUGUCAGUAGGAAUCUUAUCUCUGCCCAUUUUGUUUCCUGAUCUCCUACUGCAGAUCUUGGUAAUAAAACACAAAAAAUAUGCCAUCUGAAGUUACAAAAUUUAUAAGGGAAAAUAAUAUUCUAGGACAUUAUAUUUUGAGUGAAAAAAAAUAUGUAAAUAUUUAAAAAUAAUUACCUUCCAUCAUUUCUAUUCUUUGCAAGUUACCGAAACUACAUUUGCUAUUUGUUAGGAAGUACUUUUACUUAAAAUUGGCUUCUGCAGGACACCAAAUCAUGAUUUUAAUUGUACUUUUUCUAAUGGCCCUUCGAUUUUUUAAAAAUAUUUUUUAUUGGGGCUGGUGAUUUAGCUCAGCGGCAUAAGUACCUGCAUUGCAAGCAGGCAGUCAUGAGUUCGAUCCCUGGUACCAAUUAAAAAAAAAAUGAAAAAAAAAAUAAUUUGUAUUGACAGCUCAUUAUGUCCCAAACAUCUUGACAGCUACUACAUAAUUUAACCUACUAAAUCUUCAUAAAAUUAUGAUAUAGCUAUUACUUAUGUUAUAUAAGUGAAAAAACCUAUUACAUCUUGUCAAAAUUCUCAAAACCAAUAAAAGACAACAAAUAUAAUCAAAACUCAUAGCUCUACUUUGGUACCCCAUCCUCUUAAUCUCAAAGCUGAACUGCAUAGUAAACUCAUGUACUAUCUCUUAAAUUUAACAAUAUUUUACACUAGCUUCAAUACAUAUUUAUAUAAUGAUCUAUUCAUCUACCAAUUCAUCUUAUUUUAUAUAUUUCAAAGUAAUCUGCAAACAUCAGUAUUUGUCAAUCCUAAAACCUCAGCACUUAAAGAUUAUAUAUUUACAGUUUAGGUGAAAUUUACAUAUGGUGAAAUGGACAGAUCUCCAAUGUACCAUGCAAUGAGUCUUAAGAAAUGCAUAUAUCCAUGUCACCCAAACCUAUCGAGAUAUGAACCACAAUCACAUCAGAAAGUUUCAUCGUCCUCUUUCCCAGUGGUAAUAAUGGUUCUGAUUUCUGUCCCAGCAAGUUAGCUCUGCCUGUUCUAGAACUUUAUUGUGGGACCAUACAGUAUGUACUCUUCUGUGUAAGGCCUAUUUGAUUCAGUAUAAUAAUUUUGCUAUUCAUUCAUGUUACUGGUCAAAUUAGCUUUGAUUGCUGAUUAGUAUUCACUAACAUAACACUCUAUUUUUCUAUUAUGGGAUAUCUGGACUAUCUUUUGCUCUCUUUCAACAUAAUAUUAAGCAACAUUUUAUUAAACAUAAAUGGACCCUAGACAUGUACUUUGCUUUCAAACCUUAUGCCACUGUGUAAAAUAAUUCAAAAAAGAUUAUAAAUAUAAGCUUUAUAAAAUAUCUCUUCUCUGUAACAUUUCUGAGUUUGCUUCUCCAUAACCAGUUUAACUUAUUCAGAUUCAGUAGUCGGUCUUGUAAGCUAGUGUUUUAGAAUUUGCCUCAGCAGUAUGACAGAGUACUAACUUAUGUUGCUAUAUAACUACACAAUGCAUUUUUUAUUCAUACAUCAGUCCCAGAACCAAAACUACAAAAAAGGCAGAAAGUACAGGAGAAAAAAACUUAUUCAUGCAGAGAAACUUGUUUUAAUUUAUGUACUUUUAAAUAGUUUGAGCCUAACAUACUUCUAUGUGAACUAUAAAAAUAACUUUCACAACCUUUUGCACAAAUAAUGAUCGCUAUUCUCUACCACUGUUACUGUUCCUCAUUAUAAUUUCAAUAUCCUUCCAUCAGUAAGACCUACUAGUCAUUCCUUUGAUUUGUUCUCCAAACCAAUGAUUUUGUACCCAAAUGCCACGUCCACAUCUCAGGUCAUUUUCUCUUCCUCUUGGGCUACUACCAUAUCUAACUUUUAUUUAUAUCCAGUCUUUCCCAUGUUCAUACUCUCAUAUUCACCACUGAUUAAAUGUUCCUGCAACCCUAUUUCACUAUUUACCUGUAUAACAUUCCUGAGCAACUUAUUAGUGCCUAUAAAAUUUAUCUCCUAGCCUAACAUUCAAAGAGCUAUAGAAUCCAAUGUCAGAUCUGCUCAUUUCUUCUGUUUUUCUACAUGGAACAAAGUUUUCCAGUUACUCUUACCUAGCCGUGGCCUACACAUCUCCAUUCUGGUGCCUGUAAGCUAUGUAACAUAUGGGCAGGGAAGGAACCAAAAGAGACCACCAGCCUUGUGUAAAGGCUGUGUGGAAUUUAUUGUGUGUGGGAACAGGCAAGCAAGAGCAAUAAGGCCAUCUGCCCCAAACAAAGAGAAAUGUGUCCUUUUUAUAGGGAUGGAGAGAAGGCCGGGGACAUUAGAUGGGAAGAGGCCAACAAACAUCUGUGGUCAAAAUUGUCCAGCAGUCUUGCACAUCAAUGGCAGAAUCCUCAAAGGGUGUGGUAUAAAUUUUCAGGUGUCUCUAGAUGACCCCAGAUGUCCCAAGACCUGCAAAAUUCCUUGUUCUAUCUUACCUCCUUCACAGUACCCUGUGCUUGCCUGUGAUAACUUGGGUACUGAGCUAAGUUCCCUGCAGAAAGUUGUGCCUCUGCUGGCAGGCAGGCAGGGGGCUAGGAGAGCUGGGUCCAGUUGAGGCCUUACAGUGCCCAUGGCAUUCUUACUGGCUGAAUUACUCUUUACCUCUCUUCUUUUCUGCCUCCUUAACAAUCCUAAAUAUAGGUUUACUUUCUUCGUCAAACUCUAAGAUCUAUUCCGUCCCAAUCCACUCAAGACAUUUCCUUUAUAUGAAAUAAAAUAAUACAUAUAUAAUCCACAAUGGUGUCUCUUUGGACUUCUUUAGCACUUGCCUCUAUCACUUAUCUUUUACCCUGUACAAGUAUAUUAUCUUUUCAAGUCUAUGUUUUUUCACCUGUUAUGAAUUUUAGUAAUUCAUUCAUCUCUUUUACCUCUUUGCUUCUUCUACCUUAUCCAUCUAAAAGCCUUACACGGGGUAAUUUGAGUGUGUGUGGUAGUGGGGACUGCUAACCAGGUGUUUUACCAUCCAGCUAUUAUCUCCAGCUCAGAUUAAUAACUUUUAAAACUAAUUCACUUUUAUAACUGAAAUGUGAAACUGUCCUCAUUAAAAAGCAAUUCCCAAAUGAGAUGGUUGCUUAGAGAGCAUGUGCAUUCUUAUUCCAUGUAAUUGUUCAGACCUAAAUCUUAAAAAGUCAGAUGCUCAAUGAAUUUAUAACUCUAUCUUGGUUUUUAAAAACAUGUUUGAUUUCACUGGUAGGUUGCAAAAUGGCUGAAAGGGAUUAAUCAAUCUAGAAUAACUGAUUUAAACUUACAAAAUAACUCUAACAGGCAUUGGUAUUUUGUUCUCCAUUUAUUACAUUUUGCAAACGGUCUGGUUUUAGUGUUUUUCAAAAAAUAAGGAAUCUCACAAAAAUGUCAAUGGUCCAGUGACCCUGGGUGGCAGAGGAAGCAAGUGUCGAGAGCAGAAGGCCUGCACAGUGAACUCCACCUAGUGCUGCAACCUUGUCACCUCACUCAGAACCUGGAUGCCCCACCCAGCAUCCCAAACAGCUGGGUGCACCAGUAAGCAGCUCUGGGUCCUGCUUGGGCCCUAUCCAGUGACCCCAAGUGGCAGGGGAAACUCCUGCACCAAGUAGCGUGAGCAGAAGUCCUGCACAGCAAAUGCCACCUAGCCAGGCAACCUUACUUAGAGCCUGUUAGGGCCCCACCCAACAACCACAAGCACUUGGGGAGCUCUGGUGGCAUGAGCUGCAGGCCUGUACAGUGUUACUCCAUCUAGCUGCUCAGCCUUGGUACGCCACUGAGAACCUGGGAGAGUCCUGUGCCACAUGGGAUGAGAUGAAGGUCCAGCCAGAGCACUCCCCCUAUUUGAGGAGCCUUCAAGUGCCACCAGAGACCUGCUGAGGCCUAAUAACCCCCCACUCAACUGAGGCAAAUCCUUGCAUUAUGGACAAGCAUCCUCAACCCAGGAAGCAACCGAGACUUGCAUUCAGCUGCCCCAGGGGAAUACAGGAAAAUAACAAAACAAAAGAGCAAAUGCACUCUCAAACCUCCAGCCCAUCCCAACAAGCCUAGAAGACAUGGACAUAGAAGAAAUAUAAGCCAUACACCUGAAACUUCUGAAAUGAUAGCAAACAAAGUGAGGAAACAACUCAAUGAAGCUAUAAAGGAACUCAGAUCAGAAACAAUCUCUCAAAUAAAAGAAGAAAUUGAAAAUGUAAUAAAAGAAAUGCUGAACACAUCUAAACCACACAUAGUUUAAAAAUUACAAAGCCCUGCAAAAAGAUGGAAACCUUAAGUGAACAGUGUAAUAAAGUGAUAAAAUGCAUGAAACAGAUUCAAAGAGACACCCAGGAAAUCAAAAAUUCCAUCAAAAGCUGGCAAAACCACGCCUGAAUGAAUGUGAAGAUAGAAUUUCAGACCUUGAAGUCAAGAUUGCUAAUAGUGAAAAAGGAAAGAUCUUUUAAAAAAUAACAAGCAAUCAGGAAAUAAACAAUUCAAUAGUUGUAAGAUGAUGCAAAGAAAAACCAUAUAAGAUUGCUAAGUGUAAAUGAAAAAGAUGACAACACAAGUGAUAUAAAGAGACUAUUUACAGAAAUAAUAGUUGAAAAUUUCCAAGAAAUGGGAAACUCACAUACAGAUAAGUGAAGAAUAUAGAACUCCAAUUAGCCAUAACCAAAAUAAAUCUAGACCCAGACAUAUGAUAAUAAACAUUCCAAAAAUUCAACAUAAGAACAGAAUAUUAAAGAGACAGAUUAACUAUAAAGAAAAGGCCAUCAGAAUCACAGCAGACUUCUCAACACAAACAAUGAAAUCAAGAGGAGCAUGGAGUGAAGUAUCUCAGAUCCUAAAGGAAAACAACUUCCAACCCAGACUGAUAUACCCUGAAAAACUGUCCUUCAAAAUUGAUGAAGAAAUAAGAUACCUCAACAACAAAGAACAGUUAAAGAGCUUUAUGACUACUAAACCAAUCCUGCAAUGAAUACUGAACGAUAUUCUAGAUAGACAUAAAAAUAACUACAACUUCAUGAACACCAACAGAAAAAAACCACUAAGCAAGGCAAACAAUUAAACAAAAGGGAAAAGUAAAGAACCAAUAGCAGAAAGAUAAUAUGACAAAAAUGAGCCAAUAUAUAUCAGUUAUAACCAUUAAUGUAAAUAACCUCAAUUCACCAAUUAAAAGGAACAGACUGGUAGAAUGGAUCAAUAAACAACAUCCAAUCAUAUGCUGCAUAUAAAAAAAUCCAGCUAACACAAAAGUAAAUUCAUAGACUGAAAGUCAAAGGAUGGAAAACAAUACUAAAUGCCAUAAAUGCCAUAGGAACCCCCCUCCAAAAAAAGCGGGGGUAGCUAUUCUGUUUUCAGACUAUGUGAACUUCAAACCAAGUAUGAUCAGAAAAGAUAAAGAAGGUCACUACAUACUAGUUAGGAGAAAACUUCAAGAGGAAGAGAUAACAAUCCUAAACAUAGAUGCACCAAAUAUAGGCGCACCCAGCUAUGUAAAACAAAUAUUAAUAGCAAUGAAAAUCAAAUAAGCAAUAACACAAUUAUAACAGGAGACCUUGACACACCAUUGACACAAAAAGACAGAUCAACUAGACAGAAAAUCAGCAAAGAAAUAACAGAACUGAAUCAAACUUGUGAACAAAUGGACUUAGUAGUGUGUACUUUGUUCCUCCCAACAUCAGAAUAUACAUUCUUCUCAGCUUCACAUGGGACAUCCUCUAAAAUAGACCAUAUACUAGCCCAUAGAACAUGCUUAAGUAAAUGCAAAAGAAUCAAAAUUAUCCCAUGCAUAUCAUCUGAUCAUAGUGCCAUGAAACUAGAAAUUAAUGACAAAAGAAACUGCAAAAAUUCCAUAAACACAUGGAAAUUAAACAAUAUACUCCUGAACAAUCAGUGAGUCACAGAGAAAAUUAAAGAAGAAAUUAAUAUCUAAAAGCAAAUAAAAAAUAAAACUUACUAGAACCUGUGAGAUGCCAUGAAAGUAGUCCUCAGAGGGAAAUUUAUCAUGGUGAAUUCUCACAUCAGGAAAACAGAAUGAACACAAAUAAACAACCUAUGCUACAUCUGGAACAUCUCAAAAAAGAAAAGCAAAUCAAGCCCAAAGCACUAGCUAUCUGUAAACAUGCAUUCCUCUACAUAAACAAACUCACUGCGAGAAAAAUAAGAGAAACCACACCUUUCACAAUAGCAUCCAAAAAACUGAAAUAAUUAGGAAUCAAAUAAUAAAGGAAGUAGAAGAUCUAUUCAGUGAAAACUACAACACUCUGGAAAAGGAAAUUAAAGAGGAUCUCAGAAAACGGAAAGACAUUCCUUGUUCAUGGAUAGGAAGAACAAACACUGAAAAUGGCCAUUCUCCCAAAAUUGUUAUACAGAUUUAAUGUGAUCCCAAUCAAAAUACCAUUAACAUACCUCACAGAUCUAAAGAAAUCAUUCUUAAAAUUCAUCUGGAACCAAAAGACAUCCUCUAAAAUAGAACCAAAAGACAUCUAGAAUAGCAAAUCCAAUUCUGGGCAACAAACACAAAGCAGGAGGCAUCACAAUUCCUAACUUGAAGUUACACUACCACAAAGCCACUGUGAUAAAAUCAGCAUGGUACUAGAAUAAAAACAGACAUGAAGAUCAAUGGAAUAGAUUAGAAGAUACAACUACAACUACAAACACACUCAGCCACCUUAUCUUUGAUAAAGGGGCCAAACAUGUUCACUAGAAGAAAGAUGGCCUCUUUGAUAAGUGGUGCUGGAAAAACUGGCUUUUCAUAUGCUGAAACUUAAAACUAGGCCCAUGCCUAUCACCAUGGAAUAAACUAAAGGCAAAAUGGAUCAAAGAUCUAAAUAUUAAAACAGAACACUAAAUCUGCUGCAAGACAAAGUAGGUAGAACUCUUGCAUACAGAGGUGUAAGCAGAGAAUUCAUAAACAAAAAUCAAACUGUAUGGGAAAUACUUCCCAGAAUCAACAACUAGGAUCUCAUCUUAUUAAAAAGCUUUUGCAUGUCAGAAAUCUCCAACAGAGUAAAAAGGAAACCCAUGAAUUUUGAAAAAAGAUUAGUCAAUUGUCCCUCAGACCAAGGACUUCUGUCUAGAACAUAUAAAGAAUUUUAAAAUUCAGACCCCUAAAAUUCAAAUAAUCCAAAAAUGAGCAUCUGAGAUGAAUACACAUUUCUCAAAUAAAGAAAUAUAAAUAGCAAAUAAAUACAGGAAAAAAAUGUUUAGCAUCAUUGCUCAUUAGAAAAAUGCAAAUUAAAACCACACUGAGACUCCAUGUCACCAGACAGAAUGGCCAGGAUAAAGAAAACUAUAAACAACAAUGGCUAGAGAGGCUAUGGGGAAAAGGGAACUCUUCUGCACUGCUCGUAGGAGUGUAGACUGGUGCAACCACUGUGGAAGUCAGUCUGGGGGUUCCUCAAAAAGCUGGGAUUAGAAGUCCCAUUUGACCCAGCUAUUCCGAUUCUAGGCAUAUUCCCCUAAGAAUUGAAAAUAUCAUACCACAGUGAUAUAUGUGCACCCAUGUUUACAGCAGCACAGUUUGUAAUAGCCAGAUCUUGGAAACAAUCUAAGUGUCCCUCAACUAAGGAAUGGAUAAAAAAGAUGUGGUAUUUUUAUACAAUGGAGUGCUACUCAGAGAUAAAAGAUCACAUGGAGGCUUUUAUAGGUACAUGAAUGUAACCUGAGACCACACUUAUAAGUGAAAUAAAUCAAACUCACUUGUGUAAAUACAUUGUCUCCCUAGUAUAAGAAACUGAAAGAAUAAGACACGAGAUCUUCAAUAAAUAUUGUGAAAGGGUAAGAGACUGUUCAAAGGGGAAAAAAUAACUCAGAUAGGGAAAAGGAGAAAAGAAAUAAGAGAAAUGAAAAGGCAAAUUUGUUUAUAUACCCUUAAGAUAGCUAAGAUGAUUAUACUAAUUCUAUUAGUUCUUGGAACAAAACAGUUAAUUCAUAGGAUUAAUAAUAGGAUUAGAUCAAUGUUGCAAGUCUAUAUCUAAUCCUAAUUCAUAGGAUUAGAUCAAUUUUGCAAGUCUAUAUCUGGUAAUCUGAGCAACUCUUUUGAAGAUAACUAUGCAAAAUAACAACCUUAAGUUAUGUUCCUACUACCUUGUUUUGAAAGCCUAUAUUGUUAACAUUUUGGGCUCUUUGUUCUUGUUGUCUCUUUUUUUUUUUUUUUUCUUGUAUUUUUUGUUUUUCCCUCUCAUUCAGAAAAGACAGAUGUACAUGUAUAGGCUUAUACAUGCCUAGAACUUCUCCUAAAGAGUUUAUAAGAGUUUACUUCUAAAGAGUUUAUUAUGUGUGAUGGUAUCAACAGCUCUUAAGAAAAUGAGACAUUAAGGUAGCCAUUGCUGAUUUUCUGUCAUCUUGUUUUGAAGUCCAAUAAUGCUUUUAUUCUUUGUUUUGAUUGAUUUAUGUUUUCUAUUAUUUGAUUUUAAUAUGUAUGAAGGUAUGAACAACUAUUUUGAAGAGAACAAGACACAUUAUGGUAGCCAUUGUUGAUUUUCCUAUUGUCUGAUUUUGAAGGUCAGUAAUGCUUUCAUUCUUUUCUUUUGAUUGGUUUUAUACUGCUUUUGUUUUGUUUGAAUUCAAUGUGUGUGAAGAUCUGGACAACUACUUCAGGGAGAAAAGGAGACAUUGUGGUAGCCACUGUUGAUUUCCUGUUGUCUUGAUUUGAAAUCCUGUAUUGCUUGCAUUGUUUUGUUCUGAUCUGCUUUGUUCUGGUUUUGUUUUGGUAUCUUUAAAAUAAAAGAAAAUUUCAAUAAA